AUGGAAGCAAAAAUGGAAGACGUGCAGAGACACUACGAAGUUGAGGUCGCAAAGAGGCAACGAGACACUCUGGAACUAAGCGGCCAGCAGCAGGAGCUAGCAAACUGCAAGAAGCUGCUGCAGUCCUUGCAACUCACCCAGAGGCAGCUAGAAGACUCUUGCAGGAAAAAAGAUGCCGAGAUCGCGGCAUGCAAGGCUGAGGCGCAACGAGAGUCUGCAGAGCGUGCUGAGGCAGAAGCAGCUUGGGCACGUACUGUAGAGGAAGAAGUGCAGCAAAGAGUCUCAGUCUUGGAAAAAGACUUCGCUUUGCGCAUAGCCAAGUAG